GGAAAGAUGCUAAUGGAACGUUAAUUGGAAAUAGCACAUCAAUUCUUAAGGUAGAUGUACAGAAUAGUAAUUAUACGUGGGUACCGGUACCUGAUCUUAAUCAAACAAAUCCAACUCCAGAAAAAGGAAAAAAUAUUGGUGGUAUAGUAGGUGGUGUCAUAGGUGGAAUUUUAGGUGCUGUUAUUUUAGUUUUUGUCAUAUACAUGUAUAAGCAGAAAGAUUUAAAAAGCGAUAAUGAAGUUAUUCAACAACCUACAUCAGAACCCAUUACAAACGAUACAAACAAUCAGGUUAUGCGACAGCCAAUUAUUUCCUUGCGAUCGCCAAUAUCCUUUCGUUCGCCAAUAAUUCUUUCCAAAGAUGAAUAA